AUGUUCCCCACCGUCAGAGUAUCUUUUACUGGACUCAACCCAAAUACCAAAUACGCCGUGUUGCUGGAUAUUGUUCCGGUAGACAACAAGCGGUACCGCUACGCUUACCACCGCUCCUCCUGGUUGGUUGCCGGUAAAGCUGAUCCACCUUCUCCGGCACGAAUCUACCUCCACCCAGACUCCCCCUUUACUGGAGAUCAACUGAAGAAACAGGUUAUAACAAAGUUGAAAAUCGACAGCAACCCCUUCGCAAAAGGCUUUCGGGAUUCGUCUCGAAUUACGGAAAUGGAAAGGGAGACCAUGGAGUCUAUGAUAUCAGAUAGCUCUCACUCACAUCUUCGCUCAUAUCUCGAUUUGGAUCCCGAGGGUGUGCUACUCCGAGACAAAGCGGCUUUGUUAGGCUUAUCCCCCAGACCUUCAAUUGUGUGGAAACCGCCUGGACUUCCAGCUACUCUCACACCCAAUGAAUUGUACAAUAUUAUAUCCACUAACCCGAGCUAUUUGCCAAAUAUUUAUUCCUUCAAUCCUCCAAGUGUUCAUUCCUCUCUUAUGGGACUCCCUUCUCAGAUAUGGUCCCAGUGGGCAACAAAUCACUCUGGUGGGUUUGGACAUCUAGGAAUGAUGACGUCACUUGCCAGUCCUGACACAGUUUCCGGUUCUGCUCACCUUACUAGCGUAUUUCGUCCAAUAGCUCAUCACCAUUCGGAAUCUAUGUUUAAUCCUAGUGUUCAUAGAUAUACACCGUAUUAUUUUACCCGAAAAGACUCAUUAUCGCCC